AUGGUACAAGAAAUUGUACUUAUUACUGGAACAUCCCAUGGCCUUGGUCUUUCGACGGCUGAGAUGCUUGCAAUGCAAGCCAAUAAGAAAUUUAAAGUGUAUGCAUCAAUGAGAAAUAUAAACAAGAGAGGUGAACUCGAAAAGAAAAUCGCUGGUUGUAGCAAUGCAGUUAUAAUUGAGCUGGAUGUUUGUUCAGAAGAUUCUGUCAACUCUGCUGUUAAACACAUUCUGCAAAAGGAGGGGAAAAUCGAUAUUGUUGAUAUGAUUUCUACAAUGAACAACGCUGCUAUUAGCUGGUGUGGGGCCAUCGAAGUGCAGCCUUGGGAUACCAUCACAAGCCUCUACGACACGAACGUCUUUGGCCCACUGCGCGUUCCGUUCGUCACCGUAUAUGCCUCAUCAAAAUAUGCUUUGGAAGGAAUUUCGGAUUCCCUGGCGCCUGAGCUUGCAACGUUCAAUGUUCAGUAAGUAACUAUUAUUAAUAUUAAGAGUCUGUUAUCGGAUGGUUUAACUAUUUGAAAAGGAAAUUUUUUCUUAGCUUAUGUAAAUUGAUA